AUGGGUCCAUCGCUAUUAGGCAUCUCCAGAGAACUCCGAGACUUGAUCUGGGAAUUCUGUCUCACGACGCCCCGGACGCCUCCCCCUCUGCCAUCUGGAGACAGGACGACCAACUCGGAAUGGGACCAACGAUACUUCUUUUGCACCAACGACGACGAGUCUAUGAUAGGCUAUCCCAACCGGACGCCGCACAUAGCAUGCAUACCGCUGCUGCAGACGAGCCGCCAGAUCAACGCCGAAGUCCACGAGACAAUAGCCCGGCUCUACUCGCAACGCCGCAUGGACUGCAAGCUGCAGUUGACCAUCUACCGGGAAAAAUACUUUCUUUUGGACUGGCUCUGCCUGCCGGUUAAUUCGUUGCACUAUGACAACUGGAUAAUAAACUUUCGACUGGUCGAGCCGCCGGUGUGGCACGUGGACGACGAGACUGGCGAGCCGGACCAGUCAAUGCUGGAGACGUUCCACCCGGACCGGUACCCGCGUGUGCUGUGGUGCUAUUUUUACAUCCUGCAGCGUUUCCUCGAACGUGGGCCAGGCUUCAGGAGCAACCCAGAGUUCCACAUCACGCAGGCGCCGCCCAAGACACGCAGCCUGCGCCGACUGGUCGUGGACAUCAGCACUAAGGUUCAUCCUACCUCUUCCUCUCCGGCCGUGGCGCUGGCGGAGGAUCAGUACCGCGGAACCGAGCAUUGCGGCCUUCGAAACCGCAAGCCCACCAGCUUCGCCGAGUGGCAGAAGUUCUACGCAGGCGGCAUGAUCAAUCCGCACUUCUACGCACAGCAGGCGCGGUUCCUCACCGAAGAAUGGAUCUUCAGUAACAAACUGCAGUCCCAAGCGCGCAUGGCAUUCGAGAGCCACGAACACAUCCAGAUGCGGGCCGACGGAAAGCUGCUGCCAGGGGCUGAAUGGAACCUUCGCACGCUGACCGGUUCGGCGUACAAGUGUCCAAAUGGCGUGAGAUGCGCAGUGCUUGACCGCAACACCAGGAUGCCGAUCCAGAAGCUGUAUGGAUCUCUGGUGGACCCAGAACCGGCGAGGAAACAGGAAUACGAGGACAAGGACAAGCUGUAUGGAGGAGCGGAAUUCUUUCCUGAGGGAACCCUGUAA